AUGCGGGAGAACAAGUACAAUAGUAGUACAAUUUUGUUAACUUCUGGUUUUCAGAUGAUCUACUGCCCAUGUUUAGUGGCAAUGUACAAGCAGAAUCUGCUCAGUACGUCCUGCUACAAAAUUAUGUUUUUUCUCGGAAUCUUGGAUAUGUUCUCGAUUUUUGUGAACUCUAUCAUGACUGGCUAUUUCGCUAUACAAGGAGCUGUGUUCUGUACCAAUCCCGUAACUCUUCUCACUCUGGGAGCUUUCGGUUGUGCAUGUUGGUGUGCCAGCUGUCUGACAUGCAUUUUUCUGGCGCUGAACCGUUGUGCCGAUCUGUCGGAAAAUCGCUUUUUGACGGCAUUUUUCGACGGGAACCGUGUGUUUUUCCUGAUGAUUCUCUCAGUUCUCUAUUUGGCCUUCAUCAUGCUAUUUACAACACCGGCGUCGUUCAACUCGAAUUACGUCUCAUGGUUUUUCAAUCCAAUGACUGGUCAAGAGUCAUUGCGAUAUGUCAACAUUUACCACGCUGUGAACAACGUUAUUGUUGCGGUUUCUACUACAUCACUGUACAUUUAUCUAUGCAUAAAGCUAUAUUUUAAAACCAGAAAUGCCUCCACCAAAAUGGGCAAUAUCCAAAGAAAGAUAUUCAUCCAGUCAUUCCUGAUCUGUUUGAUUAAUGUGUUGGCUGCCUAUGUCUAUGUUUAUAUGCAGUAUUUUACACCUUCCAAAUGGGUGGUCCUUACCGGACAGAUCGCCUGGCAACUCAGCUCUGGUUCGUUUUUUUCAAAAAAAAAAAACUAUUUGUCGUCACACAAAACGCAUAGAAAACAAAAAUUUAUUUAUCCGAAUAAGCCAAUCGCUGAAAAACUUUUGAUGCACAAUAAUGCCGUCAGCGGAAUGGCAGCUAUCGCAAUUGAAUAA